AGAGAGAAGAUAAGACGGAGAGAGAAGGAGGAGAGGAGGGAGAGGAAAAGAGGUGCGGUGGCAAGGAAAUCAUCGUCGGAUGCGUCUUAUAUGUGAUGGGUGUGUUCCCAUCAAGUCAAUGGUGGGGUUGAUGUGCCCGUCGAUUCGUGAUCCGCUGGCUGAGCUCAUCUUCUCAAUGGCGGACUGGUGUUCUAUGUUAGUCGGAGCCAUUGUAUGUGGUUGUGCAGUUGCUGAUGUACAGGAGGCGUCCGUGGUGUCAGUUCUUCGUCGUCCAUGCUUAUCUUCUAUAUGCUCUAGCAGCCAGUUCAAGUCAGGCAACUUCUCCUGGGCGAUCGUGUGUACUUGGUCGCUGUGGCUCCUUUGGGCCUUUUUCGACGCCUGGGAAUCAGAAUUAAUAAAAUGGAGAUAAGGAACCAUGUAGUUCACUGAGCAGCUAUAAAGCCUAAGAUAAACUACAGUAAACAGAAAGUUGAGGAAUCACCCAAAUGUGUAGAAAUUUUAGUGACUAACUUAUGACUUGUUUAUUUCAGAGAAACUAAUGACUUAUCAAUCCAACAGACAGUAUGAAGUUGUGCCAAGUAAAGCCAAAAAAGAAACUGUAUGUAUAUAACGGAGUAGCGGAUGCGGUUCAAGCUGUUUUUUUGCCUGCUUAUUUUUUAUGUAGCUUUUUUGGCCUGCUUGUCAGUGAUGCAAUGCCUUAUGGAGUAACGAAAGCCUAGAAUGAGAGUUAGG